ACCCGUUCCGCCUUCUCGUCUCGCCUGUUGGCUGUUGCUUCUCCUCUCUCUCUCGUUCCUGUCUCCUCUACCUCCAAACUGAUACCCGGGCGCUGUCUAUCUCUGCCUAAAUCUGAUUGCUUUGGCUUCCUUCAAUUCGUGCGCCUGGAGAACGAAAUAGUGAAGAAAUCGCGGCUCUUGUCGUGAAAAGUCUGUAAUCUACACGAUCUGCUGUACGAAUUGAACUGCAAAGAAUGGGGGAAAAUGGGUCAUGAAAUCCUUCUUCCGUCUAACAAGAUGAGAUUCCAGAGAUUAAACAGCCCAGAUGUCGUCGUCCUCAGCAAUGGUAGGAAGACCGGUCUGAGAGCUUCGGAGGAAUACGACGCCGAGGACAACAACGGAUUCCCUAACUGCUCGCCGUUGGAACCAAAACCAUUGACGGUGAAAUCCAACGCCGGAUCGGACUAUCGGUCCCCGAGUCGCGACCCUCCCUUCUUCAACGUUUCCGCCUCGGAGGCGGCGCACUCCUUCGCCAUACCUUCCUCCUCCCGCACUUCCACACUCCGAACGCAGGCAAAGGAUCACGGCCACCACCAGAUCAAUGGGCCAAGCCACGGCGACGUCCUCUUCCAAUGGGGGCACCGGAAGCGGUCCCGCGGGGUGAGGGCCGAAGCCCGGGCGUCGCCGGUCGCAGCACCGGCGGUAACGGAAGGGGACGACUCACCGGCUCACUCGAGGCAGGUGGUCAAGCUCCCGCGGAAGUCCUCGGAGGCCCCGGCCGCUGCCUUGCCUCCCCCCUGCGGCCCGUACGCUACCAGAACGAGGCUAUGCUUGCCCGGCCGCGAAUCGAGGGCAUCCGUCGGCAACAGGAUCGUCGAAGAGAGAUCGGAAGGCCGAGCACGACCCGAGAAGCGAUCCCCGGCGGAGAAGGCCCUCAGAUCGCCGCCCAACGCCAGCGUCAGCGACGCUGCAGAUCCGGACCAAAAGCAGCCACCGCCAUCGGAUCCGAACCCAAGCAUGGCGAAGGAAAGAAUCAAUCUGGAUCAUUUCGAGUGGCCGAGGAUCCAACUCUGCCUCUCGAGGAAGGAGAAAGAGGACGAUUUCCUGGCCAUGAAGGGCACCAAGCUCCCCCAGCGCCCCAAGAAGAGGGCCAAGAACAUCGAUAGAACCUUGCAGUAUUGCUUCCCAGGGAUGUGGCUUUCGGAUUUGACGAGGGGGAGGUACGAAGUAAGGGAAAAGAAAUGCGCGAAGAAGAAGCAGAAGCGAAGGGGAUUGAAGGGAAUGGAGAGUCUGGACAGUGAUUCCGAGUGAAGUUGAAGUGCCAGUCUCAUUUUGCCUUUUUUUUUUUUUUAAAUUGUUUUUUCCUUGUUUCUUUCUUUUAUAAAGGAAUUAAUUGAAGAUGCUGCGUGUUAAUGAAUUUUUGUUGCCUGAA